CCUAUUGUGACCAGCCAGCUUGGCACCGUUAACAACAUCAUCCAGGUGAAGAAAACAGACUUUGAGGUUUUCGAUGCUCUGAUGGUGGAUUCACAGAAAUCUUCUGAUGUUUCAGACCUGUCCAGCUCUCCCCCUGGUCCAUAUCAUCAGGACUCUUAUGUUCCUAAACAGGAUGAAAAAUUUAAGUCUCCGCCGAUACUCCCCCCUCACCUCCUCCAAGUCAUCCUCAACAAAGACACCGGAAUAUCUUGUGACCCUGCAUUACUUCCAGAGCCAAAUCAUGUUAUGCUCAAUCAUCUUUAUGCUCUUUCAAUUAAGGAUGGGGUGAUGGUCCUGAGUGCGACACAUCGCUAUAAGAAGAAGUAUGUCACUACUUUAUUGUAUAAACCCAUCUGAUGGACUCCUGUUCCCCUCAGCAGUGUGUGUGCUAACUGUACACCAAGUGUGCAAGAUAUUUCUUCCAAGCUUUUCUUUUUCUUCCAUGGAAUAUGAAAUUAGACAAAACUUGUCUUAUACCCAGUGCUGUUGUUACCUUUUUACUCUAAGUUGAGUUGAGAUGAAGGAAGGACUUAGAAAUAUUUGAUUUUUAUAAAAUGUAAACAUAAUCACUCCCACAAAUGUUAAUGCUUUUCAGUUAGAAAGAUAAAAUAGUAUGAAUAAUGAUAUUUUAUAUAAAUAUGCUUUGAGAGGUCAUAUUAUUUAUGACAUCUUCUUAUGCUUUAUCGAUUUCUGAGAUUAGCAACGCUAUAUUCUGUUAUAGCUGAACUUGUUACAGAGGUGCUUUAAAAUGUAUAUGAAAUCAGUUCAACAUAAAUUAUUAAAGCACAACCUCUUUUUUUUUGCUUUCAAAGAGUUUUAAAUCCUGAGGCUAGCAUUUAAUCAAAAGGAGAAAUCGAUGUGUCAGUGUUUUCAAUCUAUGGGAAGACAGACAGGUACAGAUUGGCAUAAUGAAGGAACAUCAAAGUCUUCACAAGCAGCAAAGUAGAUUACUUAGAACCUUAGACUGAGAGUUGUUCAAUCUUAGGCUAAAGCCUCUGAUCUGUUUUUUUUUUUGUAUCACUUCUAUACUCCACUGACUUAAGAAUUGUGAGCGAUCGGCCAUUUCUACUGACUUGGAUCCAGCCCCCUCAAAAGUAAGAAUCCAAUACCUUCGGAAAGAAGCCAUGCGUAGGUUGAAUGCUCAAAGCAACACAGUGAGCAAUACUGCGAAGGUUGCACAAAGUAAACCCACUAUUCUCCAAAGAGAUUAUUGCUUGUUUGUGCUGUUUGUUAAAAUUUGCAUUGACACAUAAAACAUAAAACCGUAUAGUUUAAAGACAAUAUUCCCUCUGCUUGAGAAGAGAAAGGAAAGAAAAACCAAAGCAGAUGAUUAAUCGACAAACUGAGAAAAAUGAUGAAGAAACCCAUCUUUCCAUUUUGUUUAAUAUGGCUCAUCAAGCUUUAUAAAACAAUAAAUGCUGAAACACCUAAAAAGGAAUCAACAAACACAUUUAGCUUUUAUCCAAGCACCUCUUUUUCUUACCAAAAAAUAUUAUUUUUAAAUAUGGUAAAUGAAAACUCAAUGUAAAAGGCUAAUUACAUUAUUAAAAAAAACAAUGGCUGAUUUUCUAGCUUCAUUGGGUACAAACACUCUUGUAGUGUUUUGAACCUUAUAUAUCUAGUCAUAAAAGCAUCUACCUAUGAUAAUAAAUGUACCACAUAUUGAGUUCCUCUUUCUCAAGCCUUUAUUUGUACUUUGAUUUAUGGGAGUAUGUUGCUUUUGAGGAUAGGAAUGCAAUAAGAAUUUGGUUGAACACUGAAUUGUUUUUUUUUUUUUUAUCAAAACAAAUAACGAAAUUAAAUCAUGCUGAUAGAAAUAUCUAUAAAUUAGGUUACUGUUUUCUUUCCCAUGGUUGAGAAGACAAAAGUCACCAAUCAAGAAUAUUAACCCUUUUUCGUUAUAGACUGAAAAUAUGCACUGAGGUACAGUGUGCUCUUCUGCUGUUUAUUUUGAUUGUGAAAUGUAACAUAAAUAAGAGAGUUAAUAUAUUUUAUAGAGUAUUUAGAGCUUAUCUUUUAUUUAAAUCCUAGUUGGUGUCAUUGAUUUUAUUGAUCCAGAAUAUUUAUAUUAUGUUGAUUGCCUUGAUUGGUAAAAACCAUUCCACUUGAUUUGAUGUUGGAUAUUUGCACUGAUAACAUGACAAUGUAUCACAUUUUAACUUCUGCAUGAUGAAGAGAUUAAAUGAGAUAAUAUAAAAAUUUUGAAAUGUCUUUUGUUAAGAGUAAUAAAUAUUUCCUAUUUAAAGUUUACUAUCCAGUAUCCAGUUUAUUAGCGAUCAGAUAAAUAUUUCCUUUUAUAGUAUAUCAGACAACUGAUUAUUCAGAUUAGUAAGUAAGUAAUCAUGUAAAUAGCUAAUAAUAGCUAAACUAUGUGGCUGCAAUGUUGAAGAAGUCGUACAAUAGGAUGUCAUAAUCAAACCUUUUUAUUCUAUUGGCUGAAAGAUUGAGAAGUUGGGGUUAAGAGCAGAAAAAAUAUAUAAAUGGAGUUAGUGCCCUGGAGAAUUCAUUGUCAGAUUGUUCCACCGUAAGAGCUAAAUUCAAGAACGCACACAUACUGGCUUAAACAUGUAUAUCAAUGUACUCUUUAUGAGACGAUUUUGUCCCAAAAGUUAGAAAAUUUCUACUUCGAAAAAAGAUCCUGCCUUGAUAAUCUGUGUAUUAUUUCCUUAUCUUAUGCAGGCCAGUUUGUUAUAUGUCAGCUUGUACACCUAAAUUUGGCCAAUCAUAUAUCGAUCAAUCAAAUUUUUUCUGGUCAUAGCAUCUUGAUUCAUGUGUUGCAGCUAAUAUAC